UGCCACGGUCUCUGACCAAAAUGGAACCGUAUCUCAGCGCGCUCCUUCCUGGCAAAUGCUUGCCUCUCUUCGGCAUUUCAUCGAACACCUUGCCUGCAAUCAAGACCACCACUCGAUCCCGUUCUCUGAAUCCUCAAAAAUCCCUCCUUUGUAGAUGCAAAGAUGCUUCCGUGGAUCUCAAAGAGGUUGAGGAUAAAGAUGAAGCUGAUCUCCAAUGGCAGUCGGAGUUCCUGGGCUUGGUCACCGCGCCCAAGGUACCCAAGAAGAAGCCCCGUGAUAGGUCCAGGUUGCUCAAGGACACGGAGAGCAUGGAUUGGUGCGUCAAAGCUAGGAAAGUUGCUUUGCGAGCAAUUGAAUCCAAGGGUUUGAGUGAGUCUAUGGAGAAGAUAGUUGUUUCCAAGAAGAAGAAGAAGAAGAAUAGCAAGAAGAAGAGUGAUAUUAAGCUCAAGAAGAGCAUUAAAGAUGGGAUUUUGGGAGAUUCGGAUGAGGAGUUUGAGAACAUUGAGGAUUUGGUGGCGUUGGACAUGGAGGAUGAUGGUGAUGACCUGAAACAAAGGGUGAGUUCUUUUGCAGAUGGGAUGUUUGUUGAAAAUAAAGAAAGGAGCAGAGCAUUGUUUAUUGAGAGAUUGUCCAAGUUUUCAGGGCCGUCAGACAGGAAGAAGGAGGUUGGGUUGAAUAGAGCUAUAGUCGAUGCACAGACGGCAGAGGAUGUACUGGAAUUGGUUACCGAGACAAUGUCUGCGGUGGCGAAAGGUUUGAACCCCUCGCCACUCACGCCGUUGAAUGUUGCCACUGCACUUCACAGGAUAGCGAAGAACAUGGAGAAGGUAUCUAUGAUUAGGACUCAGAGGUUGGGGCUUGCGAGACAGAGGGAGAUGUCAAUGCUGGUUGGCAUUGCAAUGACAGCAUUGCCAGAAUGUUCGGCUCAGGGUGUGUCGAACAUUGCAUGGGCAUUGUCAAAGAUUGGUGGCGAGUUGCUUUAUAUGUCAGAAAUGGAUAGAGUGGCAGAAGUGGCAAUAACCAAGGUUGCGGAGUUUAACUCGCAGAAUGUUGCCAAUGUUGCUGGUGCAUUUGCUUCGAUGCAGCAUUCCGCUCCGGAAUUGUUCUCGAGAUUGUGUGGAAGAGCUUCUGAUAUUGUUUCCACUUUCCGGGAGCAAGAGCUUGCUCAGUUGUUGUGGGCAUUUGCUUCUCUGAACGAAUGCGCAGAUGCUCUGCUUGACUCUCUAGAUGACGUUUUUAAGGAUGCUGAUUGCAUAGAAUGCUACAGAGAAAAGGAAAGUUCUGGUUCACAAGAUAGCUUAGAUGUAGAAGUUGAGGUUGAUUUGAAUGUGCAAAGUAGUCAAGGCAUUGAUAUGGGAGAAUCUACAGAUGUUCCUAUGCUCAAUUUUAAUAGAGAUCAGCUAGGAAACAUUGCUUGGUCAUAUGCUGUUCUUGGACGAAUGGAUCGGCCUUUCUUUGCUCAUACAUGGAAUGCAUUAAGCCUUUUUGAGGAGCAAAGGAUUUCAGAGCACUAUAGGGAAGAUAUUAUGUUCGCUUCACAAGUUUAUCUAGCAAACCAGUGCUUAAAGCUCGAGUAUCCUCAUCUUGGUUUAUCAUUGAAAAGUGAACUUGAAGCAAAAAUAGCAAAAGCGGGAAAGACCAAACGGUUCAACCAGAAGAUGACUUCUUCAUUCCAAAAGGAGGUUGCAAGACUCCUUGUUAGCACUGGUCUUGAAUGGAUCAGAGAAUAUAAAGUAGAUGGAUACUCUUUGGACUCAGUGAUUGUCGAUAGAAAACUUGCUUUCGAGAUUGAUGGGCCAACACAUUUCUCAAGGAACUUAGGAACUCCUUUGGGUCACACAGUGUUAAAACGUCGCUACAUUGCUGCUGCUGGCUGGAAGCUAGUUUCCCUGUCUCAUCAGGAGUGGGAGGAGCUUCAAGGAGGGUUCGAGCAGCUAGAAUAUCUUAGAAAAAUCCUUGGAAUUAAUGCAAGCGAUGACGAUCAAUUAGAGUCAAAAUGAAUGCACAAAAUCAAGGUGGAAAGCUGUCAGAUAUACCAGUGGUUUUCAGGGAAAUGUAUGUACGUGUUAGUAUCAGUCUUUAUAUAGCUUCAUAAACAUUUCUCAUGAGAGAAUGUUCAUUAUAGUCACUUGACAUUUCAAAAUAAUCUAACCUUCUCUUGUGCUUAUAAUGCUGCUGUUCAUGAAAAUGGAGAUUUUUCAUUUAUCUCCUU